GCGAGGAGAAAAGAAGGCGGCGGCGAUUCUAGGUCUGUGUCGGUGGCGGUGGCGGUGGGGCGGGGUAGUUUCAGCCUUCCGGUCGGCGGCGGUGCCGGCCCCCGCAUCCCGAUACACCGCGUAAGGGCCUUUCCCUCGCCACGUGUCCUAAUCAGCUGCAACAUGUACGACCGGAACUUCUUGGUCGGUCUUCCCUCCCUACCUUUUUCGAUUACCAGAAAGGCUAAUAAUCCUGGUGGCGGUGUGGCUCUCUCCGGUUGCCGGUCUUGGUUGGAAGGUUUAGAUGAACGUACGACUGGGGAACACUUGAGGCCUGGGAUUUCGUCUCCGAAUGGAGGGAGGGAUAUACCCAUGGAUUAUGAUGACAAUGAUUUUCAAAGCCAGAAUCGUCAUUUAGCUGGUGAAGGGAGCAACAAGUUUCCUCCAGUAUUACGUCCAUAUGCUCUUCCUAAGUUUGAAUUUGAUGACAAUCUGCAUGGGCCAUUAAGGUUUGAUAAUCUAGUAGAAACCGAGGUUUUCCUUGGCAUUGAAAGCAACGAAGACAGUCAGUGGAUUGAAGAUUAUUCACGAGGAAGCCCCACUAUACAAUUCACUUCAAGUGCAGCAGAGUCUUGCUGCAUUUCAAGACAGAACAAUGUUUGGUCUGAGGCCACUUCCUCAGAAUCUGUUGAGAUGCUAUUAAGAUCUGUAGUCCAGGAAGAAAGUGUUCCUCUACAAGUUAUUGCUAAGAAGUCCAAUGCAUGUGAUGAGCAGGGUUGCAUGAUUAGCCAAAUGGAACCUAACUUGAAUCAGGAUAGUAAUUUAUCAAAUAGAACAGUAGAUUUUGCAGAUGUAAAGCCAAUGUUGGUGCCUUGUGACAUUGAUGAGGGAUUCUCUGGAUCACCUGGUGAUGUUGGGGGCCAGCUGCCUCUGGCCCAGGAUGUUUCAUGCGGUCAUGAAGGUGGGAACUCUGUUGAUAUUGGUUUAGGUGAUUUUACUGGUAUCACUCCAGGGGGCGGAUUGUCUGUUACUGUUGAGAGCACAUUCAUUGACAGUAGAUGUGAUAGUGUUGGUCAAAAUGCAGUCAAUACUGUGGUCUAUGAAUCUUUAGCUAUAAGGACACAAGAAAGUGAUGCUUCAGGAAUGCAAAUCGAUAUGGUGGAUACAGGAACUGUGAUUAGGGAAGAAGACGAGGAUGUCCUGAAUCGUAUUACAGAUUCAAGUGAUGGUAUUAAAAAUAUGGCUGCAAUGGAUGUUGGUGACCCAAUAGAGGAAACAGGUGCAUUGUGUGAAGGGGACGCAAUUGGUCAAACCCAAGACAUUUCUGAUGCUACUGUCAUUGAAGCUGGCAGUGAACAGUUACAGAAUCCUGCCUGCUCCACCCCUGCAGAAUAUGAAAGUGAGGCAAAUGUAAGUGGCAAUAGCAUAAGCAACAUGGAAGGAUCUUGUAUAUCGAGGAAGGAUGUUGGCUUGUCUGAAAACAUAAAUGCUACUGAUGUUUCUCGGGGAAGUGAAAGUAUAUCCUUAGUAAGUUUGGAUGGCAGGACAACUGAGACCAGGAAUGGAAGCAACAGUGUUCCCCAGUUGCAGACAGAUAGCUUUGUUACAAGCUCUGAGGAACACUUGAUAUCUGAGGAGAAUGAUACUUCUGCUGAUAGAACUGAAAGAUGUAACGUCCCCUCUGCCCAUGGUAGUGAUGAUUCUGAUUUUGUUGCUGCAAAAGCUAGUGAAGGUACUCCAUCAUCAUCAGCAGCUGAAACUCCGCAAGGACAUGAGAGAGUUAUGGUGCCGCAAAAUGAUGAAGACAAGAGAUUCUUACUAGACACUCCUUUUCAGCUAAAUACAAGUUCAGAGCAUACUUCUAAUGGUGUUGCUGUAAACAAUGAGGUUCAUGGUUCUCCAACAACUGAUAGAGAUAUCGGAUCACUUCCUGUUUUGGGCAUAGAAGGUGAGGCCUUAGGUAUCGAAUCCUUGGUUGAUGCGGCUGGUGGCAAUGAAAUAGCGGGGAGUGCUGAUCCCAGUAACAGUGAGGUGUCCUCAUUACCAGGCCUGGAAUCUGUCCUAACAGCCGAAGAAGCUGAAAAGGAGAUUUCGAACUCAGAACUGAGGACAUCUGAAGGGACAGCAGCUGUAAAUCCUCUCACCGAAUCGGAGAUGGUUUCUGCUGAUGCAUCUGAAAAAAUGUUAAGUGCACCUACUGAUGAGUCUCUACCAAUAAUCGGCCACUGUACUCAUGAAGGUCAGGUUGAAUCUGAAGCAGUUCCAAUGAAUGAAGAUGCUCGAGAGUGUACAAAGGCGAUAGAAGAAUGUUCUGAUCAUCAUAUGUCUGCAAACAAGGACAAUGAUACUUCAAUUAUUAGAGAAGCUGAGGAGAAGACAUUGUUAGAAGCACCAGAAUCAAUGGAUAAAGUUGGACUUUCAGAUAAUAAUGACUCUAGCCAAAAUGCUACUCAACAAGGCUACAGAGAGGACAAAGCUGUGCUAUCCACAGGCUUGAAUGACAAACCGGAUGCAGUUGCAAGUAAAAAUGAAUUGGCAACUUCUGCUGAUCCUGAGAAGCAGCCUGUUCCUUCGCCUACAAUAGCGACUACCCCACUGCCUGAGGUACAACACCAAAGGGAGGAGACUAAAAGAUCUUCACAUCCGUGCACUCCAGCUCCGUCAAGCGAUGCCAACAGGUCUUCCCCUAAGAGGUCCAAAAUGGAUGUUCCCUCGAAAGAUGACGGGAGCUUCACUUUCCAGGUUCCUUCAUUUACCGAGUCGCCCCAAACGGAAAAUGCCAAGAAAAUGCAGGUUGUGCAGACAGUAGAGAUUAACAAAGCAUCCAUGCCUAUCCAGGUUCCUUCAUUUACUGGGUCCCCGCAAACAGAAAUUGCUAAGAAAUUGCCGGACGUGAAGACCGUGGACACCAGCAAAGUACCCACGUCUAUGGAUGGGUCUCCCUCUACUUCUGGUUUAGUCCAAUUAGAUGCCAAGGUUGUGCAAGAUCUCUCUCAUCAGAGUCCUAAGGUUUCUGACAUAACUGUUCGACAAAGUGCCCCAAAAGUAAAUUCUGAGCGUAAGCCAAGGAGAAGUAGGGCGACUGGUAAAGAAUCUGCUAAAAGGGGAAGGACCACAAAGGUGACGACACCUGCGAAAGUGGAAAGGGGUAACAAUGCAAAUAUUCCUCCGGGUUCGCCUGGACUUGGUCAUAAUGUAUACUCCAAUGAGAUGCAGCUUUUUGGGCAUAUAGAUAGCAGUGGUGUUAAACCAUUUGUUGGGACAUCAAUACCUGGUCUGCCAGAUCUGAAUUCUUCAGCCACUACCACGCUGUUUCAGCAACCAUUCACAGAUACGCAACAAGUUCAAUUGCGUGCUCAAAUCUUCGUAUAUGGAUCUUUGAUUCAAGGAACAGCUCCGGAGGAGGCAUACAUGAUAUCUGCAUUUGGAGGAGCUGAUGGUGGUAAGAGUGCAUGGGAGAAAAACUGGCGCUUGUAUGUUGAAAGACUUAAUACUCAAAGAUCUCAUCUUAGUACCCCUGAGACCCCUGUGCAGUCUCACUCUGGUGUGAUAGCUCCUGAACAGACCAGUAAGCAAAGCACACGUAAAGGUAAGGCCACUGGUAGUAGAUCCAGCAGUAAAGCAACUGCCUCAACUAUUCCAACCCCAAUGCUACCUCUUUCAUCCCCAAUUUGGAACAUGCCAACUCCUUCCAUUGAUCACUUGCAAUCAAGUAGCACAGCUAGGGCUCCUGUUCUGGAAUUCCAGAGGGCACUUUCUCCAUUACAUCCUCAUCAGACCCCGGCCAUGAAGAAUUUGGUGGCACAUAGCCCUUCUUGGAUCUCCCAGGGCCCGUUUGGUGCAUGGAUCACUUCUCCUCAAACAUCUGCAGUCGAGACUGGUAGUCGUUUCCCUGUACAGAUGGCUCAUACCGAGCCUGUUCACUUAACUCCUGCAAAAGAUUCAUUUGUGUCCCAUACAUCUGUGGUAAAGCAUGUUUCUACUCUAGUGUCUCAUGCUGCUUCUUCAGGUAAUGUGUUGCCUAGUACUUCCAUGCCUGAUGUUGGUAAGGCAAUAAUAUCAUCGGGUCAGCAGUCUACUGCUCCAAAGCCUAGAAGAAGGAAGAAGUCAUUGGCGCCCGAGAACAUUGUGGAUAGAGGUUUAAAUCCGGAACCUCCACGAGAAAUUGUUCCUGGUGCUGCAGUUUCCAGUCAUCUGUCUACAUCUGUUUCCAUCAUAACCCCAGCUAGCUUUGUGUCUAAAGCCCCUGCAGAAAUGGCAGCAUUUCCAUCCCCUUUGACUACAAAUUUUAGAAAAGAAGAUCCGACAAGGGUGCAGAGGGCUAAUUCCUCGGAUGAGGCCCUUGGUAAAGUGAAAGAGGCUAGAUCACAUGCAGAGGAUGCUGCUGCCUUUGCUGCUACUGCUGUUGGUCAAAGCCAACUAGUAUGGAGUCAAUUAGAUAAGCAAAGAGAUGCAAGCUUGUCAUCUGAUGUGGAAGCAAAGCUGGCUUCUGCAGCUGUUGCAAUAGCUGCUGCCGCGGCUGUUGCGAAAGCUGCAGCUGCGGCUGCAAAUGUUGCAGCAAAUGCUGCAUUGCAAGCUAAGCUAAUGGCAGAUGAGGCUGCUGCUUCUGGGAUUUAUAAUGGUCAGAGCUCUUUAAUCUCUUUCUCUAAUGACACGGGAAAUGCAACUCCAGCAUCCAUAUUGAAGCGUGACAAUGGAACAAGUAGCUCCAGUUCAGUCAUUUCUGCUGCAAGGGAGACUGCUAGAAAGAGGGUUGAAGCGGCAUCUGCUGCAUCAAAACGGGCUGAGAAUAUGGAUGCCAUUAUCAGAGCUGCAGAGUUGGCUGCGGAAGCUGUUUCUCAGGCUGGCAAAAUUAUAGAUAUGGGUGAUCCUUUGCCGUUGAGUGAGCUAGUAGCUGCAGGUCCUGAGGGUUUCUGGAAAGUUUCCGAAGUUUCUCCACAACUUGUUGCUAAAUCAAAUGAGAUCCAUGCUCAAAAUUUGAGUGGUGACCGUGGUGGAGAAAUUCGUGAUGCUUCUGUUAGCCAUGAGAAAGCAUCAAUUGCCCCAAGAGAGAUCUCUAGUGACGACCAUGUAAACUUGGUAGAUAACUCACAUGUUGCUACUGGUAUAAAGGAUGCCAAGGGACUCCAAGCUCACAAACCUUCCGAGAUAGCUAGAACCUUGGAAGUGGUUUUGCAAGAUGGAAGUAGACCUAAAUCUCCUACCAAUACUGAAAACGAACAUGUAGAAGUUGGCAGUUCAGAAGGAAGUGGCAUCAAGGAGGGGUCCUUUGUAGAGAUCUUGAGGGAUGGUAAUGGAUUUAAAGCUGCCUGGUUCUCAGCAAAAGUUUUAAACUUGAGGGAUGAAAUGGCUUAUGUGAGUUAUGACGAACUUACAUUAGGGGAAGGAUCAGAGAAACUGAAGGAGUGGGUAGCCCUUCGUGGUGAAGGAGCUGAGGCACCAAAAAUACGCAUCUCUCGUCCUCUUACUGUAAUGCCAUUUGAAGGAACUAGAAAGAGGCGUAGAGCUGCCAUAAAUGACUAUAACUGGUCAGUUGGUGACAGGGUGGAUGCAUGGAUACGAGAAAGUUGGUGGGAAGGGGUUGUCACGGAAAAGAACAAGAAAGAUGACACUACGUUAACAGUGUAUUUCCCAGUACAAGGAGAAACAUCAGUAGUAAAAGCAUGGCAUCUUCGGACAUCUCUUCUAUGGAGUGAUGGGCAGUGGAUCGAAUGGUCCAAUUCAAGUGAGAAGAAUGUCCCUUCCCAUCUGGGAGAUACGCCACAAGAGAAGCGACCAAGAAUAUGGAACCCUGUAGCAGACUCAAAAGACAAGGACAAAGUACCCAAGAACGCAAACGUUGACAAAGAACCUGCUGAGCCAACAUUGCUGGAUUUGGCUUCUGAACAAAAGAUAUUCAACAUGGGCAAGAGCACUGGAGUCGCUAGUAGAAUGGCUCGAACCGGUUUGCAGGCAGAAGGGUCGAAUGUUGUGUUUGGUGUGCCUAAGCCAGGAAAGAAGAGGAAGUUCAUGGAAGUGAGCAAGCAUUAUGUUGGAGGAGCUCGUGGUCAUAAAACAACUGAUGAAACUAAUGACCCAUCGUCGAAAUUUCCCCGAUGGAGAGGUGGUACUACUUCGAGAACUGACACCACUGUGAAAAGAUCGGCCAUCCCCAAGCCCAGGGUUCCCAAGCUGCCUGGUAAAACUAGUGGUCAUGCCCAAGCCCAAGGCUCGACUACUUCUGGUGAUACUACUGUUGCCGCAUUUACAGAUCUUAAUGCGAAGACAAAGAAUGCUUCUGGGAGUGGAGGAGGUUCGAGUGGAACUGGAAAACAGAGUUCCAUUGAUUUCCGAGCCUUUUCUAGCUCCGAGGGGACGCCAAGGGCUCCUGUCGUGUUUUCUUCUGUCCGACAACCGGACGCUGUUCCGACUAAGAAACCCUCAACAGUAAAUGCUAGAGGUGAAAGGGGAAGUAAAGGGAAAUUUAGCACAGGUGUGGGUAAGUUGGGCAGGGUGGAGGAGAGAAAAGCUUCCGCAGGUGCUAGUUCAGCAGGAGAAACCUCCGGUGCUGAGGCUCCUCGUAGGUCCAACCGACGAAUUCAGCCAACAUCAAGACUACUGGAAGGGCUGCAAAGCUCACUGAUGGUCUCGAAAAUACCCUCUGUCUCGCACGAUAAGAGCCACAAAAGUAGGCCAGCCGCUAGAGGUAAAGCUGCUAACCUUACUCAGCUUUGA